CGAGAGACCGUUGCCUGGACGCGCAGGUUAUGUCAGGAACAGGUGCGCAACGAGCGCUGCCGCUUCCCUGCGAGGAACUUUGUAUAUAGAACAAAUAGCCACACUUUGCGUAACGUGCAUUCAUCAAGUCUUUGUCAUCGAGACAAAAAGAACGACAAAGUAGUAGUGAGAACGACGACGAUGUAAAUUAUCACGACGCAUAUUUCUUGACUGAUAAGAUGUCAUCCUGAAAAAUAUUGGGCUGAUGAGGUAAAAAAUGUUUAUCAGCAAGAAACUAUCAGUACUUCAAAGACAGGGUGGUUUUUUCUGAUUCUUUCCAAGGAUGCAAGCUGGAAUUAAGUACGACUUCCUUGAGCCUAGUUAGACUCUACUGUUUUUGAAUACGAAUAAUUCAUAACAGAAAAACUUGCAAUGUGUUUCUGGCCGAUAAGUAACUGUAGUUAUCAGAGGAUAUUUCCGUUCCUACUUUCUAAGACUGUUGAUGCAAUCAUGUAGAAUUGAUAGAAGUAAAGAGGAGGAAAAUGACACCGCACUUCACAGCUCUUACUCCAGUGCGGAAGCGAUGUCUGGUCGUGUUGCCGCUGGUGCUAGUACCGUUCGCGAUUCUGAACCUGCUGACACCGUCAGACAUGCGAGAGGAGACCUUACUGCAGAACAGCAUCGCUGAGCUUCAGGCCAAGCUAGAACACUUGCACGCUAAAUAUAUCGGCAGCCAGGAGGAGAUUAAUCUGCUAUCGCAUCAGUUGUUGCAACUGAUCGAGAGUAAUCACAUUCUACCGGAUCUGCAACUGCUCAUCAACAACGGUACCUCCAACAUUACUAGCAUCAAGCUGCCUUCGAUCUACAACUUCCUGCCGCACUUCCUCAAUGACCCGAACAGUUUGCGCCCGGCGUUCGUGCAGAGCAAGGGUAAGUCAGGUGUGAGCAUGGUACUGGGGGUGCCUACGGUGAAACGCGAAAUUCAAUCCUAUCUGAUGGCAACUCUGAAGAACUUGCUGGAUCGCAUGAAUGCUGCGGAAAUCGCAGAUACGCUGAUCAUAGUUCUAGUGGCCGAAACAGACAUGGACUAUGUGACGUACGUUGCGAAGCAAAUUGAAGUUCAAUUUCCAAACGAAUGUGAAGCUGGCGUAAUCGAUGUGAUAUCACCGUCAUCGUCCUAUUAUCCGGAUUUGUCGAAGCUGCGCGAUACAUUAGGCGAUGAUCAUCAACGCGUCGUUUGGCGUUCGAAGCAAAAUUUGGACUUUGCCUUCCUCAUGUCGUACGCCCAGACGAAAGGUACGUUCUACGUGCAACUGGAAGACGACAUCCUGGCCAAGAAAAACUUCAUUACUACCAUGAAGUCCUUCGCGUUGCAGAAGAUCGGUACCAAGGAGAAUUGGUUCGUUCUCGAUUUCUGUCAGCUUGGUUUCAUUGGAAAGUUGUUCAAGUGUGUGGAACUGCCAUGGCUGAUCCAAUUCUUUUUAAUGUUUCACAAUGACAAGCCCGUUGACUGGCUUUUGGAUCACUUGAUAUCUACCAAAGUCUGUAGUCUAGACAAGGACAGCAAACACUGCAAGAUGGCUAAAGCGGAGUUGUGGGUGCAUUACAAGCCUUCCCUCUUUCAACAUAUAGGAACGCAUUCCUCGUUAAAGGGGAAAGUGCAGAAACUCAAGGACAAACAAUUUGGCAAAAUAACGCUGUUCUACGCCCACGAGAAUCCCGAAGCGACUGUGGAGACUCAGAUCAAGCCUUACAAGCAGUAUACGCUGCAAAAAGCGUACAAAGGCGAGUCGUUCUUCUGGGGUUUGCUGCCGCAGCCGGGGGAUCACUUGAAGUUCAAAUUUUCGCAUCCUAUUUUUAUAAAGAAGUACUUAUUUAGGAGCGGAAAUGCCGAACAUCCGUCUGACAGAUUUUACAACACGACGGUAGAAGUGUUGUCUGAUUUAUCGCCGCUGUUAGAUAGAAAUAGCAACGAUGCAACGGAGGACGGCUACGUUAUAAUAGGUAAGUUUGAUGUACUUGGCGUUGCCGAAGGAACGGUGGAUCGAAGACUCGGCAGGAUAUCAGUGCUUCGCUUGACUAUACACAGCGAGAGCGAAAACUGGGCCAUUCUGUCCGAGAUUCAUAUAGUAGAGGAUCAACCUAGCUGACUAAAGGACGAAGAAACUCGAACGUUCUUUCGAUACCACCUGCACGGUUAACGUAAGCCGAUGAUUUUGUAAAUGUUUAUUAUUUUUAUAUUCCUUUUUUCGCCUCGUCACAUGCUAUCACGCACCGACUGGACUGCGCCCGGUGUAAGAAUUAUUAGUUCGAUCCCGUCCAUUGUCCGAAGAGGUGUAUUUGUUUUCAACUGCUCGGGUUGGAUCGCCAGAUUGCGUCGCGAGUGUCGUGGAUUAUUCCCGACGCUUCGUGAACACUUCAGAGGGAGAAGCAACCAAGUCGGAAACGAAUUUGCAAGAAGCACUGUUGCAAACCGAACGAGCAGUUCUCUACGUCGCGGACGUCCCAAAUGUUUUAAAUUGUUGAUGAGCGUAAAGCUGACUCGUUUUUAUCGAUUAAUUGACUAUUUUAUAUGAAAUCUUUUUUUUUCUUAAUAUAUACGGUGCUCGCUGAAAUGCAGCAAUGUUAAUAUACCUCGCGUUUCAACUAGAACUUCGAUACUCAUUCGGAUCUAACACUACCCGAUGAUAUCCGAUUACUCGGAUAGCGGAAAAAUAACUUUUCAAAUUCAGAUUAUCUGGAGAACAAUUAAGAGAUCAAUGUAAAAUUAAAAAUUUCGGAUCUGGAUGUAAAUCGCGAUAGCGGAAUCGACCAGACACAUUCGCAGUAACGUGGAUCUUCCACAAAAGUAUGAAAAAUUAAAUCAGUAUUCCUUAACUAUAAUUUAACGACAAUCUGUAAAUAAUUGUACGUGUUUAUUUAUGUAUUUGGAUAAUUUAUCAAUUAUUAAUUGAUCAAUUUAUUUAUACUUCAGCGUACAGCCAAGAAGUAGAGACAUGGUCUACAAAACUUUAUAUUCGAUCAAUAAUUGUAAAUAAUUGUAUCAAACUUAAUAAUUUAUCAAUUAAUUCUUAACACAUAAUAUUAGAAGGUUGCAUUGAAAACCAUUGUUUUUUGUGUUUUUUGAGCAUUUAUUUCAAUAACAAAAAAUGUGAGUACAUCAAUCAAAGUAUUUGCCCGUGGAAGCUAUGACUUUUUUCCACUUUCUGGCCGAAGUUGAAUUCCGCGACGAAAAAAGAAAGUCUGUCUUGAGCCAAUCCGUUCGACAAUCCAAUUUCCGAUUUUUCCAUAAUUAUGGAAAUGUUCUAAAGCAUCUUCUAAAGCGUGUUGCAUCAGAACAGAUGGUGAUCGCUUGAGGCCAGGUCCGGAGAAUGGAGCUAGGUGAGAACCUCCCAUUCGAGCUCCAUCAGUGUUUGUUUCACGGCUAUAGCAAUAUGAGGCUGAGCGUUGUCAUGGAGAAGAAUCGGCGAUCAGCUUUUCGGCGAUUUGAUGGUCGUUUUUGCAUCAAAUUAUUAUUCAAGCGCUCCAAUUGUUGUCGAUAACGUUUGUUGGCGGUAACUGUUUCGUUCGAUUUCAACAGCUCAUAAUCAUCGACACCCUCCAUAUCUCACCAAAUAGAGAGCAUUGCUUCGUAACUGUGAAUGUUUCGUUUUGGUAUCGACGUUGAUGGUUGGCCAGCAUCAACUCAUGAUUUCUUGCGUUUCAGGUUGUCGAGAUAGAUAUCCAUUUUUCAUCGCCAGUCACGAUACGCCACAAGAAACUCUUCUUUUCAUGCCUUGCAAGCAAAGAAAUCGAGAUGUUUGAACGAUUAGCAUUUUUGAUCAAUUCAUGUGGCAAUUUCUUUUCUUUCUAGAUCUUUCCCGUGGCUUGUAAACGUCGUGAAAUGGUUGAUUUAUCGACUUCGAGCUGUCGAGCCAAUUCUUUGAGUGUUCGAGCAGGGUUUUCUUCCAAUAGAUCUUGCAGUUGCUCAUCUUCGAACUUUUUCAAUUGAUCCGGCCGUUGUUUACGUGUCGUGAACGUCGCUUUUGAAUCGUCGAAACCAAUCUCUAUAUACUGUUUUCGAUGGAGCAGAUUCACCAUAAGUUUUUGCAAGCGAUCGAUGAAUUUCAGCUGCAUUUUUUCUCAAAUCAUAGAAGUACACAUCGGGACACGCUGUAUCGCAUUCCAUUUUAAUUCGGUUAUAGAAAAGUACUUAUGUAAACAAAGGAUGGCGUCUGAUGACUGAAUUUUAACGGGAAAUGUUCACACUUCAAAAUGACAUAAGAGACAUCUGUCAUUGUCCCCAGCAGCUAGGACCAUGUAGUACAUGUGAACAGCGACUUUCAAUGCAACCUUCUAAUAUUUAAAAAAAAUUGGAAACAACUAUUACGGAUAAUUUUGUCACUAAACCGAUCCGUCUUCCUGUUCGAUUCAAGUCUAAACUGUUGUCACUGUUAUAAAGUUGUUAUUCAAAUAUAAAUUAUCAUAUCUUUCAGUAGAUAGUAAUAAAUUUUUAUUUAAGGGGGGAAUUAUAUACAGAAGGCCGUUUUCGAGGCUAUAUUUACGAAUCUUUUUAACAGAAACGGCAAGAUCAAUGGACUUGAAAUUUUCACGGUAUAUUUAUUAAUGUGUUCAAAGUAUAAAAUAAAUUUUAUUGAACCACAAGAACCGAUCCAAUUUGUAAUUAUAGAUAAAAAUGCAGUCACCCGUUUGCGAGCUCUAUGUUUGCUGUCGACAUAAUUCCGGGCCUCUCACUAUUCUGAAACCAAAAAAUGAGAAAGAUUUUUUAAAUAUACGGUUAACAUUAUAGCCCAUACUAAAAUGAAGGCAGUGAAGACAAUUUUGGAAAAAUAAUGACUGUACAAAAAGAAAAGUAUCGAAAAUGAAACUUUCUUCAACUUGUAAUCAUGUUUAAAAAAAAUGAAUAAAAUAAAAUAUAACUAUGUUCGAGAUAAGGGCGAAAAUUACAUAUCUACUGUAUAUUGUGUACAAAUUUCAAGUUAUUCGGCUCAGUAGUUUUUGCGUAAUCGUGUCGACAGUUUAAGAAAAUAGCGUCUCCAGAUAAACGCGUUUAAAGUUUUAUGUGCACUCUCCAUAUAGAUAGUAACAAAUUUAUUUUAUACUUUGAACAUUAUUGAAUAUAUUGCGAAAAUUUCAAGUUCCAUUGAUCCUACCGUUUCUGUUAAAAAAAUUCGUAAAAAUGGCCUUGAAAACGGCCAGCUUCGCAUGUAUAAUUCCUUAAUCCAAAUCUAAUUUAGUUCGGUUUUGGAUAUCUGGAUAGUCUGAGCUUGAAUCAGAACAGUGCAAUUGGGGUCUUCAGGCCGCAACCAAUCUCGAAUUUUCGGAUAGUAAGAUGUCCGAAUGAAGCUCGGAAGCUCUAGUUCAAACACUCACGUUGCGACCGGCAGCCAGUUUAACGAGUGUAUAUAACGGCACAUUGUUGAAUCUCGAGAUGUUUAGCGUAAGUGUUUUCCCUUUUUUCUUUCUUCUCUUUUUUUUUUGUUUUUUGCUUUUCCUGCAACAUGGCAUCUUGGUUCGGGCAUUUGUUUAACUGGAAUUGUACCUGCAUUGUUCGCGUGUUUCGAUUCACUCUUGUACGGGGUCUCCCGAUUUUCGUGCUUAAAUUCUUCGCAAAACGCCUUCGACACAGAGCCCACGGCUCGUGUUCACAUACAUCUAGCACUAAAUGUGACCAUAUAUUCGCAUCGCUACGCGGUUACGCCGAAGUCAUUGACCUUCAUAUUGAGGGAAACGCAAUAGCUGUGAAAUCGGAGAAUUUGUGGCGCGAAGUGCGACGCUAGAACGGAAGUGUGAGUACGGAUAUGUGAACUUAACCAGAUAUAUAAAACUCAUCUUCCCAUAAGAAAAGCGGAUUUUCCAAAACAAAAGAUGCACUCGUUUGCGUAACAUUUCUUCCCCGCUGAAGUUAAGAGCGCACCAAGAGAUCGGCAGCCAUUGCUCGCGAGUUUGACGGUAGUCGAUUGCGACAAAAGUCGAAGGACAGUAGACGAUGUAAAUAAUGACUCUUUAUUAAUAGGGAUUUCUGGAAAAAUAUAAGUACUUUUAUCAAAUAUAAGUGCUCGUUUUACAAUUUUUGGAUCUCCUUAAAUCGCCGCGCGUCAACUCAGCUUGACAGCUCACGGCAAUCGGAGCAAAGCUCCAAAUUUGGCGCUCUUAGCCAAAAUAUUGAAGAACGAAAAGGAGAAGCUUAACAGCUCAGUACACUUUUUAGCUUUUGUUGACUCCAGGAACGUUUCUCUUGUCCAAACCCACAUUGAUCUUCUCCACGACCUUCGGCUGCUGUCGCAAUCGAUCACAGUGAGCAAGCUCAUGAGCGCAAACGAGUGUGCUCACUUAUAUAUACAUAUAAUUCACGUGACAUGUGCAAUCUCUGUGAAUAUGUAUGCGUAUGCAGUCUGUAAUUUAUUAUAUUAUUAUAUUAAAUACGAUGCGAGAGAGGACGCGUCGACAUGAAUGUUUGUUAACGCCCGACAACAAACGGUGAUAUGAAAAUUAUAUUCUUCUAA